GUCGCGCUCAUCACGGGCGGCUGCGGCGGCCUGGGCCUCGCCUUCGCGAAGCGCUGGCUCGAGGUCGGCGGCAAGCGCGUGCGCCUCGUGGACAUGGUCAGCGCGUCCGCCGGCGCGGCCGCCGCCGGCACCUUCGAGGCCGCCUACGGCCGCGGGUCGGCGGAGUUCGUGAGCUGCGACGUCACGGACGCCGCCCAGCUCAGGGCCGCCUUCGACGUCGACGGACUCGGCUUGGUCGUCAACAACGCGGGCGUCGUCAACUAUAGCCCCGACACCUUCGACCGCUGGGACGCGCAGGUCGCCGUGAACCUCGGCGGCGUCAUCGACGGCACGCGCCUCGCCCUCGAGGCCUUCGGGAAGCAGCGCGGGCCAAACGGCUUCGCCGACGGCGAGUCGCGCGUCGUCGUCAACGUCGGCUCCAUGGCGGGUCUCAUCGCGACGCCGUCCAUGGCCGUCUACACGGCGACGAAGUUCGGCGUCGUCGGCUUCUCGCGCGCCAUGCACGUCGAGGCCCGGCGCCAGGGCGUCCGCGUCCACGCGCUGUGCCCGUCGUUCACGGACACGGGCAUGGUCAACGAGGACGUCAUGGCGAAGGACCCGCUGUCGAAGAAGACCGUGGCCAUGUUCGGCGGGCUCAUGACGCCGGAGCACGUCACCGACGCCCUCUUCGACAAGGUCGUCGACGAGCCCAACGCCGAGGCCGUCCUGCGGAUCACGCCCCUCGAGGGCGUCGCCUUC